AUUUUGUCUUUUUCUCUUUGGGAAACAAACAAUCCCUCGUACGGCAGUGUGUUGAAUAACCCAACGAUGAACAACAAUAUGGCUCAAACAGAUAGUUUGGAGAAUAUGAAAGUUUCAGUAUUGAACUCGUUGAAUGAACAAGAAACACAGAUGAAUGGGUGGUUGAACGAAGGAAUGAAACAAAAGGACAAGUUGAAGAUUCUUAAGAGACAAAAGCGAAGGAAGCAACGAAAGAAUAGGUCAACCAAAGAAAAAUUUGUCUUCUCGAGUGAAAUCACAAGUGAAAACGAUGUUCAAAUAGAUUGGGAAGAACCAAAGUUUGAGGAAGAAGCGGGAUACUUGGACGAAGAGUGGAAAGGACAGUUCCAGGAAAUUUUUCAACGAUUUUACCAACGUCAAGACUCCAUUGAAAUAGAUGAGGAGCAAUAUUUAGAGCAAAACGAAAAUUUCAGUGGGGAACAAGAACAAGGAUUGAACAAGGAUGUAGAGGUAGUACAAGGAGUUGACUCGUCGCAACAGGACUUUUCAAUGGGACAACCCAAACUGACAAAAAAGGAAAGGAAGAAACUUAUCAAUCUAAAGGUAGCCAAGUUGAAGCAACAGGUGGCAGACCCUGAAGUAGUGGAACAGUGGGAUGUGACUGCAGCGGAUCCUAAGCUGCUCGUAUAUCUUAAAUCAUACCGCAAUGCCGUUUCUGUUCCCAGUCACUGGAGACAAAAAAGAAAGUAUUUACAAAAUAAGCGAGGCAUAGAAAAGCCGCCUUUUCAGUUACCACCUUUUAUAGCCCAAACUGGUAUCCAAAAGUUGCGAGAUGCAUACAAGGCUGUAGAGGAUGAGAAGACUAUGAAGCAGAAACAGAGAGAAAAAGUUCGUCCCAAACUAGGAAAAGUGGAUAUAGACUAUCAAGUUCUCCACGAUGCUUUUUUCAAGUUUCAAACAAAGCCGAGACUUACCAAUCCUGGAGAUCUUUACUACGAGUUUAAAGAAUUGGAACCUGAUCGAGCAGGCUUUAAGCCAGGAAUAUUGAGUGAUCAGUUGAGAGAGGCGCUUGGAAUGACUUCUUCUAUUGAUCCUCCUCCUUGGUUGAUUAAUAUGCAGAGAUAUGGACCUCCACCUAGUUACCCUCGUUUAAGAAUUCCAGGAUUGAACGCUCCUAUUCCUCCAGGUGCAUCUUUUGGUUAUCAACCUGGUGGAUGGGGAAAACCUCCAGUUGACGAAUAUGGUCGACCUCUUUAUGGAGAUGUUUUUGGUGAUGGAAAUAUAUCUGAAUAUGCUCCUGGUUAUGGCACUGAAGAGAUUUAUGUGCCUCCAGAAGCUCACACAUAUCAUUGGGGUGAACUAGAACCUAUAGAAGCCGAAGAGAUGGAAGAUGGGGAACAACAACAAAAUGGAGAGGAAGAAGAAGAGAUGGAUGAAAAUGCAGCGGAAAUGUACGAUAUGCCUUACAACAACUCACAGAGUCGUGAAGAGGAAUAUGCAAGUGGAAUGGAAAGUUCAAGUUCAUUUCUACCCGGUGGAGUUGCUACACCUGCGACAACAGUUGAAUUGCGAAAGAGUUCACAGUUACCUAGUGACUAUCAGAAUGCGAAUUCUGCUUCUAAACACUUGUAUCAAGUUGUUCCUGAGAAGAAAGCAGAGAUUGGCAACUCUAUUAUGGCGACAAGUUUUGUUUACGAUAUUCCAAAGGAUAGUCAAUUAAAUGCCACAGGGUCUAGUGAAGUACAAGUCAGCAUCUCUCCUGAUGAUUUGCAAAAGUGGAAUAGAGAGAAAGCAAAAGAAAAGUAUGAACAAGCCAAAAUGGAUAAAAAGCAACAAGCAGAAUAUCAAAAAGGAGAGGAUGUGAGUGACAUCGUUGCAGAGGGUUUGGCAAAGCAAAAUAGAGAACUUGAGAGAAGGAAACGCAAAGACUAGUAGAGAAGAGCAGGUUGAUAUAAAAGAAUACAGGAGCUAAUGAAAGAAAGCGUAGAAUUUGUAA